AUGAUUGUAGCUGGCAACCGAUGGCAUCUCAAUUGCUUCCGAUGCAACACUUGCGGUACCCUCCUCGACUCAGACGCAAACUUACUACUACUCGGCGACGGUUCACUCAUAUGCAACAACUGCACGUACAGCUGCAGCGCUUGCGGUGAAAAGAUCGAAGAUCUCGCAAUAUUGACCGGCGAUCAGGCCUUUUGCGCGGCCUGCUUCAGAUGCAGGAACUGUAAAAGGAAGAUCGAGAACUUGCGAUAUGCUAGGACUUCGCAGGGAAUAUUUUGCAUGAACUGUCAUGAAUCCUUGAUGGCUAGACGUAGGAAAAAGUCUAAGGCUGCAGCUCAGGCAAAAGCGCGAGAGAAAGAAUCGUCGCCUAUGAUUAUGGAGAAGUCCCUCCCAGCGCUUCCUCCUAACGCUAUACCUCCCAAUGCCUUUUCGAACGAUAGAGUCGAGCCUGACUCUGACACUCCUACCGAACUCUCCCCACGCCCACGACCUUCGUACCCUCGGAACGACUCGUCGAGAAGUAGUUCAAGACCGGCCAGAUCGCCUGAGCGAUCUACCGACCAUACUGGAAGAGAUGGCGGCUUAUUGCCUGCGCAAACUUAUCGCAACAAUCGAAACUCGGCGAUCUUCGCGGGGGCCGACAUUACCAACGGCAACUCAGCCGAUGAUCAAGGCUUUUUCAUCCCGGUUGCCCUGGAUCCGAGUCCAGUGCCUGCUCCGACACCCAGAUCCGCAACAGAACCUAUUAGCGAUUCUAGUAAGAAAUCGAAGGAGAAAGACUACUUCAACCUUUCAAAGCCGGCUUCCAUUUCGGAGCGAAGGGAGCCGGCGCAAUCUUCGACGCCCCAUAUUGCUUUCCAGGAGAAGGGAAGACAAUCGUCGUUCGAUCACGAGACUCCACCUCCCCGAGACUUGGGUAGGAAGCUUUCUAAAUCUAGCAGGGGCGAUAAAAACGCACCUUCGAAGCCAUCACCAGCUUCGACCGAAGACAGAGGUCAAAAGAUGACAAAUGGAAGAUCACAUCCCGCAGAUGAUUUCAAGUUGCAAGAAGCGCCUAAGAGCAAGAAGACAAAUUCCAGAACAGAGUCCCAGUCGAAUGCGAUCCAGGAUGUUGUGAGAUCUAGGGGCAGCAGUAGCAGUUCCGGCCGAAAGGACAAGGAGGCAUUCCCCAAUCUACCACUCACCGAUUCGCCCCAGCUCUUGCACGCUGGUGACAAGACUAGUACCCCACGAAGCUCACAGGAAUCUCGCCUCAAAGACGACGAUGAAGUACGAUCAAGUGACUCCUUAGCCACAUCGGUUAGCAACAAUGCAAAGCCUAUUACUAGAAAGGAACUUCCUGCUACGGCUGCUAGAAACGUAAAUGGUACAACACCCCGACCUUCUGCGGCCGAAAAGGCUGGUGAUCCGUAUAUGACUCCGAGAGCGCCGCCCGCUCCACCAACAUCGGGUGCGGGCCAGGAGUCGGCCAAUUCGACAGGAGAACCCAAGACAUCGCCUAAACUACCUAGGUGGAGUGCAGGCGGUGACUUCAGUAUGGAUGAAGACAUGGCUCGUAUUCUGGGUACGGACGAGGGUUCUUCUUCAAUUCUUCGUCGGGUUUCGAAUGCGGUGCGCCAUGGCAGAACAAAUAGCACAGAAUCCAGCAACAAUCUGCCUCGCGCCGGUCAUACGCGCAGCGCCAGCGAAACAACUCGCACAACCACGUCACCUCGCUGGCCCAAAACUCCCAUCGCGGAGGAUGCAGUUAAUGGACAUCCACACGAUAUCACCAGCCCUCUAUCGAUAGCUUCGAACGACGACCCGGUAUUACUGAAACGACGCCUACGAAAUUCCGAGCAACGAGUCGCAGAACUAGAGCGCCAAUUCAAUAAUGAGAAAGACCUGAAGAAUCUAACGAUAAAAUUGGAAGAGAAGCGCAAGACAGUGUCAGUGCUAGAUACGCAAACCGAGAUCAUGAUUCGUCAAUUAGAGGUGCUUGCCGGAUACGUAGAAAGGGCCAAAGAAACGAAGAGACCUAUCGACCCCCGCGAACUUGAGGAAUCGGCCUUGAAGGACUUCGUCCAAAAGUUAGAGAAACUCAGGCAGUCUAUGUCAGCCAGCCUGGAGCAGCUACACACCGAGCGGGACGAAUUAGUCGAGGAGAAGAAUAGGGCAAUUAUAGAGAGGGAUCGUGCUCGAGUGGAGUUUGAACAACUUGUUUCUAAGAAUGCACAGUUGGCCGACUUGAAUAACGACCUCACAAACCAGAUACAGGAACGAUUCAAGAAUCACUCGGAUCCUAAAUCGCCUCCCAACGGUCUUGGUAUUUACAACCAGCACAAGGGUACAUCCAACAACUCAGUGAGUUUGGAUAGCUCUAGCAUUCAGACUGGUGGAUCGCUCCUUGCCGUUGACUCGGAAGAACCGAUCCUCGAGUCCGGACCGACCGUGGUCAAGAUAGGAAAAGGCCAGGUUAAGAAGUUUAACUGGAAGAAAGGAUCGAAGGCCAUGGCCCAGAAUAUCGCCAAAGGAGUUAACCGUACAGUUGUUGCCUUCCAGCAGCCGGAGCGCGAGCGUCACUUGGGUAUGGCCGGCGAGAAUAUCGGUCUUCCUUACAACAUGACUGUUGCGCAGGUCGAAGCGCCAGUUACACACUUAGGCCCCAUGAACAUCAACCAGAAUCGCCAAUUGAGCGAUGCCAACCGUCAAGGAUUCUUUAAUUUCAAGAAACCCCAGACUAUCCAGAAGAGCAUGACAACGGCCAAUAUCACCACUACCCAGGCACCGGCCGAGCCGCCCUCGGUACUCUUCGGAUCUGACUUAUCGGAGCGAGCCGACUUCGAACGCCGCCAGAUUCCCUGCGUGGUGACUCGUUGCAUAGAAGAAGUCGAGCUAAGAGGUAUGGACAUGGAGGGCAUCUACCGCAAGACUGGUGGAAAUUCGCAAACCAAAGCCAUCCAGGAAGGAUUUGACAAGAAUGAGAAUUUUGAUAUUUCAGAUCCGGAUAUGGAUAUCACGGCCGUGACGAGCGUGCUGAAGCAAUACUUCAGGAAGCUUCCGACGCCACUACUAACGUUUGAUGUCUACGACUAUAUUCUCGAGACAAAUUCGAUCACGGGCGACGCGGAGAAGUGCACCCACUUACAGAAUGUAUUCAAACAACUACCGCAACAACACAGAGACUGCCUUGAGUUCUUGAUGUUCCAUCUUCAUCGCGUUGCCUCCCGAGAGCGCGAGAAUCUUAUGACACCUAAGAACCUGGCUGUGGUCUUUGCACCUACUAUUAUGAGAGACCACACUAUCGAGAGAGAGAUGACGGACAUGCACGCCAAGAACCUUGCCGUACAGUUCAUCAUCGAGAAUACACAUAACAUUUUCGUUUAA